AUGGAGAAAGAGACGUCGGAUCUGCUCAAGGCACUCCAGAAACCGUCCACGGAUGUUCAGUCACGACUUGCCCUGUUCAGCACGCUGAAGUCGAGCAUCAAGCACAAUCGGGUCCCUGAAAGCUGUCAGGCUCCAAUCUUCGAGUGCAUCCGCAUCGCCUGUACUGCCGCCACCUCGGCCGCUCUCGUGUCCACGGGCUUCUCGACACUGAGCCACUUUAUCAAGCGCUUGCAACUUCAGAAGGAAACAUCGAUACUUACGUCACAGUCGCCAAUACUAUGUUCCAUACUCGCCGACAAGUUGGGCGAUGCGCGCGAAAGCCAUCGCAGCGCUGCCUCACAGAUUCUGGCUGAUCUGCACUAUCUGUGCUCCAACGAAAUCGACGAGCUGAUGCACGAUGCUGCGAAGAGCACCAACCCUCGCGCCAAAGAAUCUGCCAUGUUGUGGGUGGUCAAGGUCCGUACCCCCAUGAACAAGACCGAAGGCCUCCCUUUCAAAAGCUACUCCAACCAGUUUGUGGCGAACCUCGAAGACGCAGAUGCCGGCGUGCGCGACACUGCGAAGAAGGCGGUUGUGGAUCUCUUUGGACACGCACCAGAACACGCGAAAGCGAACCUCAAGAAGCAACUCAUUGCCCUGAACGUCCGAAAGGCCAUUGCUACCUACAUCACGACCCACCUUGACGACGACGCCAUGUCCAAAGGCACAGAUGUCGCGCCCGCGCAACCGCCCGUCCCCAUCACCCGACCCAUCCCAACCAAACGUGCUGAGACAUUGCAACCCGAUAUUGGCUUUGCAGACAGCUUUGCGUCCGAGCAGCCUCCUCCGGCCGAAGUCGUAGUCAUGGACCCCAUACACAUCUACACACAGCGCGAGCUAGACGACGUUUUCCGCGACAUGGCGCCUCACUACGAAGGAAAAGAGAGCGAGGGGAAUUGGCUGGCUAGAGAUAAGAACUGCACCAAGCUGAGACGUAUCCUCAAGGGCAACGCACCGCAUGAGUUCCAUGCGACCUUCAUUGCAGGCAUCAAGUCGCUCUUGGACGGUAUACUCAAGGUUGCCAACUCUCUCCGAACGACCAUGUCCACCAACGGCUGCCUGCUGGUUCAGGAGCUCGCGAAAACACUCGGUUCCGCCAUUGACCCCUGGGUUGAAAUUCUACUGCAAUCCUUUAUCAAGAUGUGUGGUGCUACGAAAAACAUCGCAGCGCAGAACGGAGCUGCCACGGUGGACACUAUAUUCCAGAACGUAUCGUACAACAGUCGCGUAUUGCAGCAUGUGGCCAUGGCCUCACAAGACAAAAACGUUCAACCACGAACCCACUCGGCAACUUGGGCGAAGACUUUGAUCAAGAGACACACUUCGCAUAUUGAACAUUCAGGAGGGCUGGAGACCCUGGAUACCUUGAUCCGGAGAGGCGUCACCGACGCUAAUCCCAAGGUGCGUGAGGCAUACCGAAGCGCCUACUGGACAUACGCUUUGGUAUGGCCUCAAAGGGCGGAGAAGAUGUUCGAUACCCUCGACAAGCGCGAGAAAACCGCACUCGAGAAGGAUUCCAACAAUCCGAACGGUGGCUCGCUCUCCUCGUCGUCGACCAGCACAGCUUCGUUUUCGAAAUCAAUAGGCCCUGGUGCUUCGCGGAGCGCCCUGAAGGAAAAGAUUGCUGAACAGAGGAGAGCCAAACUAGCGGCCGCGAAAGGUGUUCCCGAACGCCCCAACUCGGCUGCUGCCAGUUACUCACCAGCGCCAACUUCGCAAUCAGCCAAGUCUUUAGGCGCGAGAACGACAUCGAACCUUUCUACGGCCUCUUCGGGCCCUGCGCGACCACCCUCGGCCAUGUCUGGAGAGUCAACGAAAUCAGCACUGAAGAACUCCACAGGCACUGGCUCGUUGAUGUCGGGCACCGUUCGUCGUCCGGUCCGCCGACCAGAGUUGAAUAGACCAGCAACAGCUGAUCCGUAUGCUGUUCGACGACCGGGAAAAGUAACGCCCUCUAUGACCCCAGAGAAGACGCCUGCUGCAACAACGGUCAAGAAGCCUGCUGUGCCAAAGAACACUGCAAGGCCACGAGCGCAAACACAAAACAGCCCGAAUGUCAGUCCAGCGCGGCCGAAGUCAAGAAUAGGCCAACCCGUUGCCCAUGGCAAAUCUCCCAGCAUGAGCUCUCGUCGUGAGAGCCCGGCGGUAAGCCCGGCCAAAGAAGAAGACUCGACAAUGAUGAAGCCUUGGGUACGAUCGCAAAGCCACCAUGAUGGCGGUACCAUUCCAUUUCGAGCAAGAAACGGUCUGGGUGGAAGCGUGACUGUAGACGAUGAAGCUGUGGAUGUAGGGGAUGAAGACAACUUUACCAUGGUUAUCCCCAAUCUUACACGGCCAACAACACAAUCCACGCACGACACCCCGCCAAAGCCCAGGAAGUCUCUUGGUCGAUUGCCGAUACCCAGUCCUCGUGCUGCAGCGCUAAGAAGCCCGAAAUCUAUGGGCCAUCUAGAGAGCGCUAGCUUACGGUCUUCGACACGCAGCCCACGCUUAAGGUCACCAGAUCGACCAAGCACUCGUGGUACCGACACUGGAGACGAAGUUCAAGUGUUCGAGGAUCCAUUCGUUAGCGAGGAGCAUGCACCUGUUGAGAAUAGUUUAGAGAAACCGGUUCUCGAGGAGCUCCCCAUCAACGAGAAGAGCAACGAGCGCCGCCAAAGCACCGGAAGCAUGUCAAGCGAUAUCAUGAUGGGUAACAGCAACGAAGAUCGCCCCCGGGGCCACCACAAGACGAACAGCACAGGGAGCGUCUUGCACGCGGAAAGCUACGACACGAACAACGCUGAAGUGCUUAAGAACCGACAGCUACUCGCAAGUGGCAUCAAGAAGAUUGAAGGACGCACAGUUGAAGCUCAUAUGUUCCGACGCAUGCAGGAUAUGGUCAAGUCGAACCAAGAAAUCUGGGGACCGAAUGACGAGAACUUCGGCAGGCUCUUACUAGCAUGUCUUGAUUUCCUUGAGGCCCCAGUUCACGAGCUGAAGGCACCCCAGAUGAAGGCUGUCAACCUAAAGGUACAGGCUCUAGCAACGAUUCGCGCACUGCUCUCCCUCUACCGCAAGGAAACUGCGAAGUACUACUCUCGUGUACUCCGUACUAUCCUGCAGACAAAGGCGCAGUACGAAAACACAUCGCAUAUCGCCAUUGACCUUGAGGCGACUGCAGACGAGAUUGUCAAGUAUGGUCAGACUCUGGAUUGCCUGAACACUGUCCUUGUGAUGAUCGAGGAUACACCGGCGUCGACCCCGACGUCUUCGCCGAACUCCAAGUCAUCGAGCUCUUCACAACCCGGCCAAGCGUCGACCCGCUCCACGACCAUGGCAUUGAGCACACUCGCAUCCCUCGUACAGAUGAGCGGCGCUAAGAACAUUACACUAUCACCUGAGCAGACUGCGCGUCUGGGCAGACUAGCUGUACGCUGCAUGGACGACCAGGAUGCUGAUGUGCGCAAAGCAGACAUUGAGUUCUGUGUCGCACUACACGAGCGCAUCAGCGGAUCGGAUGGCGCGAAGGAAGAUGGAGGCUUCUGGAAGGCCGUUGCCGGCGCGAGGGGACAGCACCUGAACUUAUUGACAUACUACCUUGCGAAGAAGGGCAAGGCCUAG